ACGCCAGGCUCCGAAGAAGCUCCAUUUGUACAGGAGUAAAAUGGCUGCGGUGUUCAGUGCUUCACGUGUCCUAGGCAAAAAGAUCUUGCCAUCAAAGCCGCUACUGACAUUUUGCCCAGCCAUCAGAAAACUUCACUUUUACAUUAAUGGAAAACGUGGAGAUGCUAAAGUCACAGACGCUAUGUCCAUGCAUUACCCAGUGGUAGAUCAUGAGUUUGAUGCUGUUGUGGUGGGGGCAGGUGGUGCAGGAUUGCGGGCUGCGUUUGGACUAUCAGAGGCUGGCUUCAAUACAGCAUGUGUCACCAAGCUGUUCCCCACACGCUCUCACACAGUAGCUGCACAGGGUGGAAUCAAUGCUGCCCUUGGCAAUAUGGAGGAAGAUGACUGGCGCUGGCAUUUUUAUGACACAGUAAAAGGAUCUGAUUGGUUGGGAGACCAGGAUGCCAUUCACUACAUGACAGAACAGGCCCCUGCUGCAGUGGUUGAGCUGGAGAACUUUGGCAUGCCUUUCAGCCGAACAGAGGAUGGAAAGAUCUACCAGCGUGCUUUUGGGGGACAGAGCUUAAAGUUUGGGAAGGGAGGCCAGGCUCAUAGGUGUUGUUGUGUAGCUGACAGGACAGGUCAUUCUCUUCUGCACACUCUUUAUGGACGGUCUUUGAGGUAUGAUACAAACUACUUUGUGGAGUAUUUUGCCUUGGACCUGCUCAUGGAAGGGGGAGAGUGCCAAGGAAUCAUUGCCCUAUGCAUGGAAGAUGGCUCCAUCCACCGUUUUAGGGCCAAGAACACAGUCAUUGCUACAGGUGGUUAUGGCCGUGCAUACUUCAGCUGCACAUCAGCUCACACUAGCACUGGAGAUGGUAAUGCUAUGGUUGCCCGUGGUGGGCUUCCAUGUCAAGAUCUGGAGUUUGUUCAGUUUCACCCCACAGGUAUCUAUGGAGCUGGUUGCCUCAUAACAGAGGGUUGUCGUGGUGAAGGUGGAAUCUUGAUCAACAGUGAAGGCGAAAGAUUUAUGGAACGCUAUGCUCCCAACGCUAAAGAUCUGGCCUCCAGAGAUGUGGUUUCACGCUCCAUGACUAUUGAAAUCCGGGAGGGGCGAGGUGUUGGGCCAGAGAAAGACCAUGUCUACCUUCAACUCCACCACCUCCCACCCCAGCAGUUGGCUACUCGUCUCCCUGGGAUCUCAGAAACAGCAAUGAUAUUUGCUGGUGUGGAUGUCACCAAAGAGCCCAUACCAGUCUUACCAACAGUCCACUACAACAUGGGUGGCAUCCCCACCAACUAUAAAGGACAGGUCAUCACUUACAAAGAUGGUGAGGAUAAGGUAGUUCCAGGGUUGUAUGCCUGCGGUGAAGCUGGCUGUGCCUCUGUGCAUGGUGCCAACCGACUGGGAGCCAACUCACUGCUGGAUUUAGUGGUGUUUGGCCGUGCUUGUGCCCUCACUAUUGCAGAGAACAAUACUCCAGGUGAGAAGAUUGCACCCCUGAAAGCCAAUGCAGGAGAGGAAUCUGUUGCUAAUCUGGAUAAAAUGCGCUUUGCUAAUGGCAAUACCAGAACCUCAGAGAUCAGGCUAAAUAUGCAAAAGACCAUGCAGUCCCAUGCCGCUGUGUUCCGCACUGGAGAGGUCCUGAAAGAGGGAUGUGUUAAAAUGGAUGCCCUGUACCAAACAUUGGAUGACAUCAGGACAUUUGACAGAGGUAUUGUUUGGAACACUGACCUUGUGGAAACUCUUGAGCUGCAGAAUCUGAUGCUGAAUGCUAUGCAGACCAUUAAUGCAGCUGAGGCACGCAAAGAAAGCAGGGGAGCUCAUGCCCGUGAGGAUUUUAAGGAGCGCGUAGAUGAGUAUGACUACUCCAAACCAAUGCAGGGUCAAGAUAAGAAGCCUUUCAAUAAGCACUGGAGGAAGCACACACUCUCCUACAUUGAUCCUAAGACAGGAAAGGUCACUCUGGAAUAUAGGCCUGUGAUUGAUGAUUCUCUGAAUGCUGAAGACUGUGCUGCCAUUCCACCUGCCAUACGUUCCUAUUAAACACAUCCGCACCUCAUGAUCUCAAGCCUCCUACACAGUUAUCAAUAUGUGCCCUCAAAUUUCUUUUUGCCAUUCUUCAUAGUAAAAUUGGGUGUCCUGUUCUGUGCUUUAAACUAAGUGCAUUGAGAGCCUUUUUAAAAAUGUGUAUUUUAAACUCAGUAUUUUUUCCCUUGACAAAUCAAUAUUUAUUCACUGGGCAAUAGAUUGUCUGUGUCCAUUUAUGUUCAUCUUACUUAUCUUGAGUUUGUAAACCUGUUGGAUCAGUAAAAAUGCUUCAAAUAUGACUAUAAAUAAAAAUACAAUAGAUAUGUGAACCUGUUUGUAAGUACUCUGAUUUUAGCAUGUGCUUGGGUGUUCACUCAUUUAAAGAAACGCAAACUGUUAUGCAGUGUCUAGCAGAUUUAAUUUGUAUUGUGUUCUGUUGUGAACAUAACAGUUCUAGUUCUGGUGAUCCUGUCCUCAAUGGAAACUAUACAGAUUUUAUAAGAUAUUGACCUGCCUGAAUAGUGAAUAGAGGUUUGUUAAUUUUCAUUGUUGCUGUACUGAUUUUUUUUUUCUUCUUUUUUUCUUUUUUUACUGAUCAUUUAAGUGAAUUGCCAAAGUCAAACUCAAACUAAAUAGACAUUGCAAUACUAUUACAUUUGCUGUUGGUGAAUAAAAGUUCAGAAAGGAAAAAAUUAUUAUUUUUUUAAAUACAUUUCAGCACAUAUGCUAACAAAAAAUGAGCAGGGGGUUGACAAAUAUUCUAUUAUUGAAAAUAUACCACUUAGCACGAAAUACCUUUUAAUAAAAUAAAUGCUGCAUAUUCAAGUGUAAACACCUGUUUUACUCAAUACUUAAGGGUGGUGUUGUAUCUUCAUUUUGUCAUGUGCUUUUUUUUUCUUCCUGUUAUUGAAAAGGCUCUUUAUUCCCCAUGUUAUGAAAUAUUGUGUCUUGUCUUA